GUCAACAACUCGAGUCACCAACUGUUUAUUUAUUACAGGACAAUUCCGUUUUCGUGUUACAAGUAUGCGCUUCUGACAUUACACAGCUUAGUGUCAGAUAAAGUACAUGGCCCUCAGUGUGCCCAACAAGCGAGACAGAUGGACACCAUGCAGGUGGUAUCAGGAUGGUUGCAGCACGAGAAAAGCGAAAAGCUUUUGCCAGUAAUCGUGGAUCUCGUUCGUAUUCUCUGCGACAAAAACUACGAACAAAAGGUCAAUCGGCUUCGUUUGAGUAAAUUUAAUGAUAUAUGUAGACAUAGUAGAGAUGUGCGAGUGGGCUUCAUGAUUUAA